AUGACGACACCCAGGAAUUCCAUGAGUGGAGCUUUCCCAGCAGGCCCUAUUGCCAUGCAGCCUGUUCAGAAACUAAUUCCCAGGAGGGUGCCUUCAGUGGUGGGCGCCACACAGAGCUUCUUCAUGAGGGAAUCUAAGCCUUUGGGGGCUGUCCAGAUUAUGAAUGGGCUCUUCCACAUUGCCCUGGGCGGCCUCCUGUUGAUCCACGUGGAGGUCUAUGCACCCAUCUGUGUAACUUUGUGGUACCCUCUCUGGGGAGGCAUUAUGUAUAUCAUUUCUGGAUCACUCCUGGCAGCAGCGGAGAAAAACUCCAUGACGAGUUUGGUCAGAGGGAGAAUAAUAAUGAACUCAUUGAGUCUCUUUGCUGCUAUUUCUGGAAUAAUCUUUUUGAUCAUGGACAUAUUUAAUCUGACAGUUUCCCAUUUUUUUAAAAUGGAGAAUCUGAACCUUACUAAGGCUCCCACACCAUAUGUUAACAUAUACAACUGUGAACCAGCUAACCCCGCUGAGAAAAACUCUCUCUCUAUGAAAUAUUGUGACAGCAUACGGUUUUUAUUCUUGGGCAUUUUUGCAGUGAUGCUGCUCUUUACCUUCCUCCAAAAACUUGUGACAGCUGGCACUGUUGAGAAUGAAUGGAAAAAAAUAUGCUCCAGACCCAAAGCUAAUGUAGUUCUCCUGUCAGCAGAAGAAAAAAAGGAACAGGCAAUUGAAAUAAAAGAAGAAGUGGUUGAGCAGAUUGAAAUAUCUUCCCAACCAAAGAAUGAAGAGGACAUUGAAAUUAUUCCAGUUCAAGAAGAAGAAGAAGAAGAAGAAGAAGAAGAAACAGAAAUAAACUUUCCAGAACCUCCCCAAGAUCAGGAAGCCUCACCAAUAGAAAAUGAUAGUGUCCCUUAA